AUGGCGGAGAAGGAGCGCACGCCCGAGGCCGCCGCGCCCGUGGAGAAGCCCAGCAAGGCGCCCAGGAGGACCCUGGCCACCGUCAAAGUUUUGAAGGUUGUUAAGGAGGCCCAGCUGGCGCACGGUCUUAGACACAAUGAUUAUCAACUUUACCGCCAGUAUUGUAGCAGGCGGAUACGACGCCUGCGAAAGAACCUUAAACUCAUACAGGGUGACAGGAAGAACUUUAGGAAGAAGGAAGUAACUGUGAACUUGCUGAAGGAGGAGAGGUUUCUCUUCAUUCCUCUUAUGACAAUAGAGCGUUGCUGGGCAUAUGCAAUGCAACUAAAAGAAGAAAGACUUCAGGACAAUAGAAAAAAGUUCUCUAUGCGUAACAAACUUAGAAAAGCUGCAAAGUAUGUUGUAGCUUUUGAAAAACUUGUGGAGGAUAGUGGUGUUUGUGAUGCCAGAACACAACUUGAAGUACAGGGUUACUCAGCCUGGCUCCAGGGAACUGUCCUGUUCGAGCUGGCUGACUGGUCUUUAGAAUGGGAUAAACCAGUGGAAUUUUUCAACAAGGCCUUGGCAAUUUACAGCAAAUUAAAGGAGGCAGUGUCAGAAGAGGAAUCUGAAGUAUACACUAGCCGAUUACAAGAACUGGAAGUAAAGCUUAGGUUCUGCCGUCACCAUCUAGGUGACAAAAUGGCUACAGACACACUAUUAGCCAUGAGGGGAAGUGAAGCUCUUGGAGAUAAGCUGGACAAUCUCCUGGCUUCAGCCAGAGAGCGUCAAGCAUCUACCCUUAGUGAGGUAACAUGGAGAGGACGCACACUGGCAGUAAAGCAUGAGAAGGUACGCCUGUUCUUGCUGAAUGAAGGCCUAAUUCAUGAGGAGUUAGAGAACAUUGAGAGUGCUGAUAAGCGUGUUGAAAUGUUGGACAAAUUGUUAAUGGAAUGUAAAGAUGCUCUUCAGUUGGUGAGGGAUGACCUGAAAAAUGAUCCUACUUUCAAGCCAAGACAACAAGUGAAUGAGGGUCCUGUCUCACCAUUGCAUUUCCUACACACCUACUUGUCUUACCAUCGUCUCAACCUGACAAUUUUAAGAAAUGUCGCUCUUGUGGACACUUAUCAGAAGAUCAUCUCUGGAGAAAUUAAGGUUGAAGAUGGUAAGAAAGCACCAAAAUUGCAAGAUCUUGUGCGUCUUCAAGAGAUCAUCAUUCAGAAUCUGAAUGAGAUCACAAAUUUGGCAGGGUUGGAAGAUGACCUUCAACUGAAAAAUAGCAUUGAAGGCCAAGUGUUUGCUUAUAAGGCUCACAGGUGCUAUUUUGUUGCUGAGAGUUUUGUUAAAAUGGAGAAAUGGGCAGAGGCUCUUGUUCUAUUUGAGAGGACUUUAGCCCAUAUCAGUGCUGCUAGGAAAAGCCAACUGGAUGUUUCUGUACAGAAGAAUUUGGAUAAGUUGUCAGCAUUGGUGGACAGUAAGAAAUUCACUGCCCAUGCUCAGGCCAUCUUGGUAUCUGAAACUGCAGUGCCUAAUAUUUCUAAACUCUCCCUUAAGGAUAAGAAGAUGCUCAUUAAUCGCCUUGAUGAAUAUGUAGAAGAUCCGGGAUUAAUCUCCAACCAUCCAAGCAUAGCCCAAGUUCCACCACAUAUGUUGUCUGUGCCAUGUAAACCUCUCUUCUUUGAUUUAGCCUUAAACCACAUUGACUUCCCCUCACUUGAUGACAAGAUAGAAACUAAAAAGCAAGCACCGGCUGCAGCUAGUGGAGGUCUUACUGGUUUGGUCAAGGGGCUGUGGGGAUGGGGCAGCAAGAAGUAGUCUUUCCUCUUGUUUUGUUGUUCAGAGUAUUUGUGAGAUAUGAGAAGAUAACAGAAAUUAUAGAAAUAAAGUCAUUUGUUUACAGAGCUUUGGGUGUGAAUGGUCAGAAUAUUUAGGCUAAAUCUCUAGGACAUAAUGAAGAGGAUUGGAAAUGUGCCUUCAGCAAAAUUCCUAUUUGUUACAAUUACCCGUAAUAAAAGGUUUUUGGUUCAGACUGCAAUUUUUCUUGUGUGAAUUCCCAGUACACUAAAUGAAAGCUGAAUUGGGAUACUGAAUGAGGCCACAAAUAUUAUGCAUUUCUUGUUUUUAUUUCUCGUAUUAACUUUAAAGUGGACAGUUUCAUGAAAACAUGUCGUUUAUAAACAAAUUCUGUUUUGGUUAUAUAUGCCCAUGUGUCAAAAUUGAGCCUUUAUAGGCACAGUUAUUCUCACAUUACAAAACCUUUUAAACAUGGACAUUCAGUUGUUCACUUUUAAGAUAAUUAAGUUAAUGGCCUAAAAUACUAUGUAAAAAGGGGUAAUAUCUCCCAAGGCCAUUUAUACACAAAAGCUUGUUAUGUUAACAUGAAUACUGGACCUUUUGAUAUAAAAUACUUCCAAUU